AUGGGUGAAAACCCAAACUCCCACGGCACGAUGAAGAUCGAAAAUACAGAAAAGAGGGAUACCCUCAAGGCGAUCGAGAAGAAAUACCAAAAGCUAUGGGCAGCAGAGAAGGUAUUCGAGUCCGAUGCUCCGUCAUGCUCGGAAUAUCCGCUGGAGUCGAUUUCGGCGGAUGAGCUGCGAGGCAAGGUUCCCAAGUUCUUUGGAACCAUGGCAUACCCGCAAACGCUCAGUUACGUGAAUGGUGUCCCGCAUCUAGGCCAUGGCUUCACCAUCUCCAAGGUAGACUUCACCACUCGUGUUGCUAGGGCUGAAGGCAAGAACACGUUGUAUCCUCAGGGGUACCACGCAACGGGUAUGCCUAUCAAGGCUUGCGCAGACAAACUUGCAAACGAGAUUGCCAUGUUCGGAGAGCUAUUCACGGGUUAUAACGAAAGUGUCGCCACCGAAGCGUUGGGGGGCGCAUCAGUGCUGCUGCCCAAGCCUAAGGACGAUGUUACUAAGUUCACCAACGUAAAGAAAGGCAAGGCAGCACUUAAGUCCGCCAAGGCAAAGUACCAGUUCCAAGUGAUGCUGUCGUUGGGCAUCCCCCGCGAGGAAAUUCACAAAUUCGCCGAUGCCAAAUACUGGUUGCACUAUUUCCCCCAGCUGUGGCAGCAACAUCUCACCGAGUUCGGCUGUGGGAUCGACUGGCGCCGCAGCUUCAUCACAACUGAUAUCAACCCGUACUACGACUCUUUCGUCCGCUGGCAAAUGCGGCGGCUUAGGGAUCUUGGGAAGAUCCGCUUCGGGAAACGGUUCACAGUGUAUUCCCCGAAGGAUGGCCAGCCAUGUCUGGACCAUGAUCGUGCUUCUGGGGAAGGUGUCCUGGUCCAGGAAUAUAUCGGUCUGAGGUGCAAGGUCGUGGACUGGUCCGCGCGGGCCAAGACAGUCAUUUCGACGAACAACUCCCUCCCAAGCAACGCCGACGUCUUCAUGAUCCCAGCAACCCUACGCCCGGAAACCAUGUACGGUCAAACGAAUCUUUUUGUCUCUUACAACAUCUCGUACGGCAUCUUCAAGGUCUCCGACACGGUCUUCUACCUCGCCACAGACAGAGCUGCACGCAACAUGGCAUUCCAAGGAAUCUUCCCUGACUGGGGAAGCGUCCCCAAGGUCAUGGAGAUCAAGGGCGUCGAUUUAGUCGGCACGGCUGUUCGUGCACCGCUCAGCGCCCGAGAUGUCAUCUACGUCCUGCCCGUGGACACGAUCAAGCCUACAAAGGGGACCGGCGUGGUUACAUCCGUACCAUCAGACAGUCCAGCCGACCAUGUCACGACGCUCGAGCUAUUCAAAAAGGCUGCGCACUACGGCAUCGAUCCCCAGUGGGUGUGUCAAGACAUCUUGCCGAUCAUCGACACACCCGAAUACGGCAAUACCAUUGCCCCAACCCUCGUCAAAAAGCUCAAGAUCAACUCCCCCAAAGACGAGCGACAGUUGGCCGAGGCCAAAGAACUCGCCUACAAGGUUGGCUUCUACCAGGGCACCAUGGUUUACGGGCCAUUCACUGGGAUGCCAGUCCAAGAAGCCAAGACCCAAAUCCGCCAGCAGCUUCUCGACUCAGGAGAUGCCUUCAUCUACUGCGAGCCCGACGGCCCGGUAACCUCUCGCUCCGGCGAGGACUGCGUCGCCGCAUUCCUGGACCAAUGGUUCCUAGCAUACGGCGUGGACGAGCCGUGGCGGGACGCGACGCUCAGCCACCUGCGCGGCGAGGACGGGCUGGGGUCGUUCAACUGUUUCGGCGCCGUCACCAAGCACGCGCUCGAGCAGACGUUUGGGUGGAUGCGCGAGUGGUCCGUCACGCGCCAGUAUGGAUUGGGGACGGGGCUGCCGUGGGAUCCGUCACAGAUGGUGGAGGGUUUGUCGGAUUCGGCCGUGUACAUGGCGUAUUAUACCGUCGCGGGGUUUUUGCAUGCUGAUAUUUAUGGGCAGCGGCCUGGGAGUGCGGGGGUUGGGGCGUCGCAGAUGACGGAUGGGGUGUGGGAUUAUGUGUUUGCUCUUGCUGAUGGGGUGGAGAGUGAGAUUCCGAGGGCGACGCUCGACGCUAUGAGGAGGGAGUUCACGUACUGGUACCCGUUGGAUGUUCGCAUUAGCGGGAAAGACCUUGUGAACAACCAUUUUGUGUUCUUUCUUUACAUCCAUCAAGCCAUCUGGGGGAAACAAGCACCGGGCUUGCUUCCAAAGGGUAUCAGACUCAAUGGCCAUCUGACGCUCAACGGCGAGAAGAUGAGCAAGAGUACGGGAAACUUUAUGACGCUGACCAGCGCGGUGGAUAAGUUCGGGGCGGAUGCGACUCGGAUCGCCCUCGCCGACGGCGGGGACGGCAUCGACGACGCCAACUUCGAAGAGACAACUGCCAACGCUACGAUCCUGAAACUGUUUGAGCUGAAACGGUGGAUCGAGAAUGUCGUCCAACAAGCGCGAUUGUUGAAGCCCGGCGAAGAAUACAGUCAGGUUCGAGCUGUAGAGAAGCUGGACAAUGUCGACUCCAUCCAGAGAACAGGUCCCCAGAAAUUCUGGGACUCGCUGUUCUUGAACGACUUGAUGGUAUUGAUCCGCCAAACCGUUCACGCAUACCGGUCUACCAACUUCAAGGCGGCUCUCAAAUCCGGGUUCUACGACUUUACCGCGGCUCGCGAUAGCUACCGUGCCGCCACCCAUUCAGCAUCCAUCGGAAUGCACCGUGAAUGUAUCCGCUACUAUCUGGAAUGGCAAGCACUGAUGCUGUCCAUUUUUGCGCCGCAUUGGGCAGAUUAUAUUUGGAGAGAAGUCCUGCUGAAGCCCUCUACCAUUCAGCUCGAGGUUUUCCCUGGUGUCGCUGAGCCUAGCCCCGAGAUGGAAUCUACUUCCGAGUACAUCAGAACAACGACAUCCCGCGUCCUAGCAGCCUACGCCGGCCAGCAGAAGCGCCUGGCUAAGGGCAAGGGAGUGCUCUUCGACCCGAUCAAAGACAAGUGCCUGAACAUAUACGUGGCAAGGUCCUGGCCGGCGUGGCAGCAACGUUAUGUUGAUCUCGUUCGAGACAUGUUUGACGGAGGCACGCUGGACGUGAAGAGCGUGGUGAAGAAGGUGGAGAACGGGGAUAUGAAGCGGGCUAUGCCGUUUGUGCGGGAUCUUAAACGCAGAUUGGAAGCUGGAGAGGCGCCUGGUUCUGUCCUUGAAAGGGCCUUGGGGUUUGACGAGGUAAUGGUUUUGGAGGAGCUGAUGCCAAUCUUGCGGUCGGGGGUCCCGAGGCUUACAGUGAUCAACGUGAUUGUCCUCGAAGAUCAGAGCCAACAGGGGGACACGAGCGGUACUAGGACUGGAGGAGGCGGGAUCCCCAAAGUCGCAAGCUCAGCGGAACCAGGAAAUCCGGCGAUUCAGUUCCUCAACGUGGUAGAAGCACCGAAUAUGUUGGCUUUGAACUAA